AUAAACCACAAGAUUAAUUGAAAGUUUCUUCCUCGUCAACUAAGUUUCUUCACUCUCCACUCCAUAAUAUCAACUUCAUUCUAAACAAUUAGAAAGAACAAAUUAUACAUGUCUCACAAACAUAAAGAAUAUUACAAUUUAAAGGAAGAUAUAUUACUUAGAAUAUUAAAUAUACCGGAAAAGUAAUUACAUGUGUGUGGGCGGGUACCCAUGGGGCGGGUUUACCUAAACCCAACCCGGUGAAUAGUGUAGCGGGUUUAAACCCGAACCCGACCCAAAACCCGUCAACACGAAUUUUACCCGCAUUGACCGGGUUGGGUCGGGUGGGUACCCGUGGGUUCGCGUUUUGUUGCCAUUCCUACUAUAUGACCCGAUUGAAAAAAAUCUUAUUCCCAAAAACCCUUCCGCCUCUCUCAUCCUUCUCCUGAUCUCCUCCGCCUCCACGCCUUAUGCUACUCCCUCUCUUCCUCCAUCUUCAUGCCACCAAGUCCAGGGGAUCAGAUUGUCUCUGUUGGUGGUUCACAAGGAGCGCCCUUUCACCUUCCAAUCGCCCAUCCUCCCUCAGAUCAACAGCUUCCUCUCAACCGCACUCCCCCACCACAGUUGACCCGAGGUUCACAAUGGCUCUUUCUUCAAUUAGUUCUACAUGUCCAUAUACAUAGGCGCUAUAGUGGCUUCGUCGGUGCUGGUGUGGGUUCAGAACAACGUCGGGUGAGGCAGUUUGGGAUCCCGGCAGUGGCAAUGGCGGUUGCGGUGGCGACUUCUUCUCCAGAACACGAUUAUACAGAAAGAUGUUUUUGAAUUCGGAAUCGAACUUCACCCAAACCCAAUUGAUGGCGGCGGCGGGUUAGCAGGGGUUCCUGAACCCUCGUAACACACAACGAGUGGAAAGUUGAGGCCACCGUCGCUGUCGACCGGUAGAGCUUGAUUAAGGAGGAUGCGGCGGAUUUGAUUAGAGAUGCUUCGUUGAAUGGCCGGAAAGAGCUUCGAGUUCUGGGUGAAGUUGAAGCAUACUGCUCUGCUUUUCCUUGCCGUUUUGGCGACUUGAUCCAACCCGUGAUCUGCUCAGGGGAGAGCCUCUACUUCCUCACCGCCAGUGGCAACGUCUUCCUCUUUGCUUCCACUCCCAGAAGGGGGUGAUCGCCGUCAAUCUGGUCGCCAAGAGGCUGAGGAAAAUCCCGCCCAGAGACAUCGAGAAUAGUGAGGAGGUGGAGAGAUUUGGGGAUCGGGAUUUUUUUCUCAGACGGAGGCGAAGGGUUCGGGUCAUUGGUUGGGUUAGGUUAGUCUGGGUAUCCGAUGUGGCGGGUCAGAUAUAAAUUGUUUUGGAUUAAAAUAGGUUGAUGGGA